AUCCGCGUGUGAAAGCGCCUCAAAGUCGGACUGACAGUGAUGAGCUCCAUCAGUGCGCCUGUAUCAUCUCGGAUGGACUGUAACAGCGUCUGAAACUUUCUUUCUGGGGAAAACAAUAUUUAAAAAGUUGGAUUUGAGCAUCUCGGGUUUGAUAUCAGAAGUGGUCAUGACAGAGGAGCAGGAUAAGUCCAGCGCAGAGCCGCCGUGCAGCCCGGCCGGUUCGUGCAGCUCCAUGUCUGCGGAAGAGUCGGACUCCGACGCGCCUUCAUCUCCCGCUGGAUCUAACAGCCACGCGUCGCUCCUGCUCGCCGGGAUGGGGAAGAAACUGGAGGAAGAGGACGAGCGAUUCCCGGCGUGUAUCAGGGACGCGGUCCAGGUGCUGAAGGGUUACGACUGGUCUUUAGUGCCCAUGCCGGCCAGGGGCAGCGGAGCGCUCAAGAGCAAACCGCACGUCAAGAGACCCAUGAACGCGUUUAUGGUUUGGGCUCAAGCGGCGCGCAGGAAACUGGCGGAUCAGUAUCCGCACCUGCACAACGCCGAGCUCAGCAAAACACUCGGAAAACUCUGGAGGCUGUUGACGGAGAGUGAAAAGAGGCCGUUUGUGGAGGAAGCCGAAAGGCUGAGAGUUCAGCACAAGAAAGAUCACCCGGAUUACAAAUACCAGCCGAGGCGACGAAAGAGUGUGAAACCAGGACAGAGUGAGUCCGACGCCGCCGCUGAUCUGACCCAUCACAUGUAUAAAGCUGAACCUGGGAUGGGGCGUUUGGCAGGUCCAUCGGAUCACAUCACCGAUCAUACAGGUCAGCCUCAUGGACCCCCGACACCUCCUACCACACCCAAAACGGACCUCCAUCACGGAGGAAAGCAAGAUCCCAAGCACGAAGGAAGACGUUUGCAUGAUGGCACUCGACAGAACAUCGACUUCAGCAACGUUGACAUUUCAGAGCUGAGCACAGACGUCAUCAGCAACAUUGAAACCUUCGACGUGCACGAGUUCGACCAGUACUUGCCUCUGAGCGGGCACGCCGGAGCCGUUUCAGACGGUCACGGGCAGAGCGCCAGCUCGUACGCUUCAUCUUACAGCCACCCUGCCAGCAACGGGGCCGCGUGGAGCCGCAAGGGGCCUGUGGCGUCCUCGUCGCCUGGCACGAGCGAACUGAGCCAGCACAGAGCUCACAUUAAAACUGAGCAGUUGAGCCCGAAUCACUACAGCGAGCACUCGCCCGAGUACGGUGUUUACAGCGCUCACGCCUCAGCCGCCUCCGCCUCGUUCGCCAGCGCUCAGUGUGACUAUACAGACCUACAAAACUCCGGCUACUACAGCCCGUAUCCCAGCUACCCGUCCGGCCUCUACCAGUACCCGUACUUCCAUUCCUCACGUAGGCCGUACGGGAGCAACAUCCUCAACAGCUUGUCCAUUCCUCCCUCCCACAGUCCCACCGCCAACUGGGAUCAACCGGUUUACACCACAUUAUCCAGGCCUUAAGGCCCGACCGCUUUGUACUGCAUCCGUUACUAUAAUGAAGGGGUUUGUGCCAACUAACCAAGCAAUGAGUGCCUGCUGAUUUUUCGACACGUCGAAACAUUGACAGUUGGUGCUAAACGUGAUGAUUUUGUGCCUGUGGUUAAAAGCCAGCAGAAAUCCUCCGUGAGGACUGCCGGACGCUUCAGGAUUGAAGAGAAAUGGGACCAAUGAAAAUUCAGGAAGCUUUAGCUUCAGUCAGAAUCCCUCUUAAACUAAACGUGUUCAUGUUUAAUUCACUAUUUCAUAUGUAUUUAUGUUAUUUUGUCAUUUUUUAUUGUUUGUUUAUGUUUUACAGUACUUACAAAAGGGUGGAGGGCUGAAAUGAUUUUGAUAAACAGCCAUGAUCUUUUUGGACAUUUUUGAAAGCAUUCCUGCGUGACAUGUCAGAUGCAGCAAAGCCUCGUUUUGUCACCGACUAACUCUCAUUGAAAAAUAACAGAUGACAUGAUUGUUUUUAUUGUUGUUUUACGUAUGCGUCAUUUUUAGUGAGCACUUUAACACGUCAAAGGCUCUUAAUUUGCAGCAAGCUCAUUAAUAAUUGCAUUUUUAACACUGCCAGUCAUUGAUAUCUGUCUUGAAUUAAACCAUUUACUUAAUUAUAUAGCAAUCCGUUGAAUGUUUUAAUGAUCUUUUAGGCUGUGAAACACAAACACGCAAAACAGUGUUCGCUAUACAUUGUUUUUUUUUUCCUGAUGUAUAAUUUAAAAAUGACUUGGCUGUGAAUCUUCACUUUUGUUAACAGGUUCAUUCUUACAAAAUGCUAACAGAGUAAUUGCUGGCGAUAUUUGUGGAAAAAUAAAUUUUUAUCUGAAAAAUGACUGUCUAAACUUUGACUAAGCUGACGGAUACUAAUGUGGUUGUGAGUGCUUUUUCGCAGAAAAUAUUACUUGAUAAAAACACUUCAUUUUACAGAUUUUU